AUGGCGGACCGCCAUCCAACUCUCAAGCAGACCUUCGCCGACAGGGCCAGGACGGCCGCGCACCCGCUCACCCGCUACCUGUUCCGGUUGAUGGACCUCAAGGCCUCGAACCUCUGCCUCAGCGCCGACGUGACCACGGCCCGGGAGCUCCUGACGCUGGCCGACAAGGUGGGCCCGUCCAUCGUGGUGCUCAAGACGCACUACGACCUGAUCUCGGGAUGGGACUACAACCCGCAGACGGGCACCGGCGCCAAGCUGGCCGCCCUCGCGAGGAAGCACGGCUUCCUCAUCUUCGAGGACCGCAAGUUUGUCGACAUCGGCAAGACGGUCCAGAUGCAAUACACGGCCGGCACGGCGCGCAUAAUAGAGUGGGCCCACAUCACCAACGCCAACAUCGACGCCGGCAAGGACAUGGUGCGGGCUUUGGCCGAGGCGGCCACCAAGUGGAAGGAGCGCAUCCACUACGAGGUCAAGACGUCGGUCACGGUGGGCACGCCCGUGUCGGACCGUUUUGACGAUUCGGAUGCGCAGGAGCAGGCCCAAACUCGGCAGAGAGACGACGUUGACGGCCGGAAAGGGAGCAUCGUCUCCAUUACGACGGUGACGCAGUCGUUCGAGCCUGCCGACUCGCCGCGCCUGACCAAGAGCCACCACGACCAGGGCGACGACGCAGUGUUCCCGGGCAUCGAGGAGGCGCCCAUGGACCGCGGCCUGCUGCUGCUGGCCCAGAUGUCGUCCAAGGGCUGCCUCAUGACCAGGGAGUACACGCAGGCCUGCGUCGAGGCGGCGCGCGAGCACAAGGGCUUCGUCAUGGGCUACGUCUCGCAGGAGGCGCUCAACUCGGCGCCCGACGACACCUUCAUCCACAUGACGCCGGGCUGCAAGCUGCCGCCGCCAGGCGAGGAGGAGAACGGCCAGGUUGAAGGCGACGGCCUCGGGCAGCAGUACAACACGCCGAGUAGACUCAUCACCAUCUGCGGCACCGACAUCAUCAUUGUCGGGCGCGGCAUCAUCGAGGCCGCCGACCCGCCGUCGGAGGCCGAGCGGUACAGGAGAAGAGGCUGGAAGGCGUACCUGGGGCGUCUGGCGUAG